AUGGAUGACCUCUCCCUCGCCGGCAAAGUGGCCAUAAUCACAGGCUCUGGUCGCGAGACUGGCAUUGGUGCUGGUAUUGCCCAUACUCUGGCUAGUAAUGGCGCCUGGGUCGUCAUCAACCAUAUCUCCGACAAGACUGCACACCGAGCUGCAAACGUAGCCGAGUCAAUAGUACAAAAUACUACUGGAAAAGCUGUUGUUGUGCAAGCUGAUGUGUCUACGCCAGAGGGAGCAAAGAAGCUUGUCGAAGAGUCAUUGAAACAGUUCGAGGUUGAUCAUGUUGAUAUUCUUGUGAAUAACGCAGCAAAUGGCAAUCCAGAGCCCUUUCUCAAGGCUUCCUCUUCCUCAAUGGAAACCCUCUUCAAAUCCAUCGUAUUCGCUCCCGUGUACUUGAUACAAUCCGCCAUCCCACACAUGCCGCGCGGAGGACGUAUCAUAAACACCGGGAGCGUCGCAACAAGACUCGGUAUGGGCCCUACUGCAAUAUACGGCGCGGCCAAAGCAGCUGUGGAAUCAAUGACGUUCUCUAUGGCGAUGGAUCUCGGACGCGGGUUUGGCGUGACUAUCAACACUAUCGCGCCGGGUCCGGUCGAGACCGACGCACUACCCAAGGAGUUUGCGCAGAAAAUUCAUGAGCCGUUGAUCGCUAUGACAAAGGCUGAGGAGAGGGUGGGCACAGCGGAGGACAUUGCGGAUGCCGUCUUGUUGCUUUGCAGUGAGAAAAGUAGAUGGAUUACGGGACAGGUUAUUAGCGUGAGUGGCGGUAUUACAGGAGGCUGA